ACAUAAAAGAUUAAUUGAUGAACCCAUAACAGGAGAAAAAGCUGAGAUUCGUAAAUCGAUAGAAAUAGAAAAAGAUCAUCUUUUAUCCAAUUUCACUACAAUAUCUAGUAAUUAUGAAAAUGGUGAAAUGCAUUUUAUCAUUCAAACACCUAAAUGUGUUCAAUUACGUUACUGUUAUGGAGUUGAUAUUUCUUCAAAAUAA